AUGUUCUUCCCUGAUUGGCGUUCUUCCAGUAUUGCUUGUGCUAUAUUUUCAAUGCCUGCAUUAAUUAUUAUAAUAUUUUUAAUGCCUGAAAGUCCAACAUGGCUUCAUAGUAAGGGUCGUCUUGAACAAAUGCGAAUAAAUGAAAGAAAAAUUGCCCGGUUGGCAGGUCUUCCACCGUCAAUUAAAUUGCCUGAACAUGAAAAGUUAUCUCCAAAGGAAAAUUCUUUUUGGAAUUUAAUCAAAGAUAAAACCCUUUUGAGACGUGUUUCUGUUCUUUGGGUUAUGUUCACAGCAGCAAUUUCCGGAUAUUCUAUAGAUUUGAAUAGUUCAAAUAUUAGUGGUGAUCUUUAUCUUAACCAAAGCCUUCUUUCUUCAAUUUGUGCAAUUUCUAAAAUAUGUCUUGUUAUAGUAGAUACAAUAUUUCCAAGUUUCUCACGCCGUAAUCUCCAUCAAGGAGCACAAUUUGUAGUGAUUAUUUCUGCAUCUUUCUUAGUCCUUUUUGUUUUAUAUGAUCAUGAUGGGAUUGGAAUUCUUAUGGCUAAUUUAAUUGGAAUAACUUUUAUUGAAUUAACUUGGUUUUAUUUUAUGUUUUUGAUAAUGUUAUCAAGCAUCUCUGGAUAUGAAACGCGGCCCUAGGUUAAAAGGGAAGUCACCUUCUCUGAGUGAAGCUCGCAGCGAAGACCGCAGGAUCCUUCAAAGCCCGGUCGUUUCCACUAUUACAUGGUCUCAGUAAAAUUGGUUUCCGCCCCGUAAGGUCGCUCUUUAUUAUAAAUCUUUAAAAAUUUUCAAAAAAAAAUUUCCAAAAAGGUUUACGGGUCAGAUAUUGUUCGGAUACUAUCUCCGAACCUCUGGUUCGUCCGGAUAUCCAAUGAUU